AUGUUGCAACUUAUUUGUACAUUCGUCUCUAUUUCGAUCCUUUCUGUGAUAAUUUUUCACAUUUCCGCGCAAGAUUUUGACGCUCCAACAUGGGGAAUGCCUCCAAAUGAGGAAUUUUCUCCCCCCAUGGAAGAAGCACCAACUUUUGACUUUUCUCCUCCUGCUGAUCAACAAUUCGAGUAUCAACCAUCGUUCGUUCCUUCAUAUCCCGAACCAAAUUUCGGCAUGGAUUCUCCUGAUUUUCCGCAAUUUCCCGACGAAAAUUCGUACGGAGCGUCUCCCGCUUACGGCGACAAUCCCGCGUAUUCUUACAACGACGAAGGUCCCGGAUUGCUGCGUCAAGGCACUUCAACGGCGACAAUUUGCUUCUGCACGCCUGUCGGAACUUGCGUGAAUGGCACGACAAAUCUCGGCGAAGGACAGAUCGAUAUUCGGGUUGGCGGAACAACAACUCAAGUUGCUUCCGAGACGCAACAACGACCGAUUGUGACAAAUACCGUUCCAGCAAAUGUUCGAUCUUGCUCGAAUUCGUCGUUGCAGUUGUGUUGCACUCCGGGUCCUUAUCAAUGCGGGAUUUCGUGGCCUGCAGUAAGAGGAAGUCCAACGCCUGCGAGUGGGCAAGCUACGUUCGGGCAGUAUCCGUGGCAAGUUGUUCUGCUUUCGAGAAAUGAUACUUAUUUGGGAUCAGGAGCGUUGAUUGAUAAUUAUAAUGUUGUGACGGCAGCGCAUAAAGUCGUUAAUUACACAGCAUCUGGAGCAAUGAAAAUCCGUCUCGGCGAAUGGGACUCCUCCGGAAAUCGUGAACCAAUUCCUGCGCAAGAGUUUUCCGUAAGUCGAGUUGUCAUCCAUCCCUCUUUCAACGCCCGCAACUUGAGAAACAGCAUCGCCAUGCUUCGUUUAUCGGCUGCUGUCCCUCUUGGCAUGACUCCAACGAUCAACAAUAUUUGUCUGCCGAGUUCGAGAUUCACGAGCGGCACGUGUUGGGUUUCCGGUUGGGGCAAAAACGACUUUCGAGGACAAUAUCAAGCUAUUCAACGGUCUAUUGACUUGCCUCUCGUUCCAACAAACACUUGCGAAUCUCAACUCCGAAACACUCGUUUGGGUCCCUCGUUCGCUUUGGAUCCUUACAGCUUCUUGUGUGCCGGCGGCAAAGCGGGAAAAGACGCUUGCACGGGCGACGGCGGAGCUCCUUUGGCGUGUCAACAAGGCGGAAAAUGGUAUCUUGCUGGAUUAGUGGCAUGGGGCAUCAGUUGCGGCGAUGCCAAUGUACCAGGCGUUUACAUCAACAUCACAAAUUACAUUCCAUGGAUGAUGAACUUGACGCGCGUUUGA